ACCGUACACUUAAAAGUCUAAAACCCUCAGAAAUCAUAACAAAAAUACCUAAAACCCUAAAUACAUAAAAUUUCUCACCCCUCUCACUCAACUUUAAACAGAACAGAAAACAAACCUUUGAACGACGCCAAAGAUGGCAACCUAUUCAUUAGAUGAAGAAACAGCAGCUAAAGUCAUUCGUCAGGUAGAAUUUUAUUUCAGUAACAGUAAUCUACCCAGAGAUGGGUUUCUCAAAAACUCAAUCACCGAGAGUGAAGAUGGAAUGAUCAGCUUAUCGCUGAUUUGUUCUUUCUCUCGAAUGAGAAAUCAUUUGGGUUUAGCUGGAGAUGUGAAAUCCGAAGAUGUAUCGGAAAAUACAGUUAAGUCUGUAGCCGAAGUACUCAGAAAAUCGACUGUCCUAAGGGUUUCUGAAGAUGGGAACAAGGUUGGUAGAAGUACUGAGCUUUCUGGAUUGGAAGAGGUUGUAGAGCAAUUAGACAUAAGAACAAUUGCUGCGUCACCUUUUGAGCAUGGUGUUACACUUGAGGAAGUGGAAUCGUUCUUCACUCAAUACGGCAAGGUAACUAGCGUAAGGUUACCUCGUCAUGUUGGAGAUAAAAGGUUCUUUUGCGGUACUGCUCUGAUUGAGUUUUCAACAGAGGAAGAUGCUGCUAAUGUUUUGACCAAAAGCUUGCUUUAUGGGGGUGCUGAGUUAGAACUAACACCAAAAAAAGAUUUUGACGCUGCAAGGGAAAUACUAAGUGCAGAGGUUGAGAAAUCUCGGCUUCUUAGAGGUUCACAUAAAAAUGACUCCGAAGAGAACUCUGGCUAUCCAAAAGGUUUAGUGAUUUCAUUUAAGUUGAAGCAUAAAUCAGGAGAAAACACUGCAGACCAAAAUGGAGAGGCUUGUGAGAAUGGAAAGGAAGAUAAUGUCACUGACAAGGGCACUAAUCAGGGUGAAGAGAAAAGCUCUGAGAAUGUUGAGAAGGAAGAAGCUGAAGGAAAAGGUGCGGAAAAUGUCAGUGAAGGAACUAAAGAGAACGCAUCAGAUAGAGAAAAAUUGUCAGCUGCUUUCAACAAAGACAACAAAGAUGUCGUGUUGCGUGAGGAUAUAAAGAAUCUACUUCAACAAUUUGGAACUGUUAGGUUUAUUGACUUCAAAAUGGGGGACGAGUCGGGAUAUGUGCGUUUUGAAGAGCCAGAAGCAGGUCAGAAAGCUCGUGCUGCAGCUGUGCUCGCUGAAGAAGGUGGUCUGAUAGUGAAAAAUUAUAUCGCUUUCUUCGAAGCUGUUGUCGGUGAUGCUGAAAAAGAGUAUUGGAGCUUACUUCGUGGGGGUCAAGAUAAGCGCUGGGAAAGUAAAGGCAACCGCGGAAGGGGUGGUAGAGGAGGCUUCAGAGGAGGGAGACACAAUGGCAAACACAAUCGCUCCAGGGAUAACUACUCUUCUGAUGGACGCUCAAAUAAAGCUCAGAGGGUGUAAGUGGCAUCAAAGUGGCACUGCUGUUCCUUUAAAACCACCUUCAAAUCCUGGUUCGCCUCCUUGUCGUAGGUCUCUUUACCACGAAGCUAAUAGUUCUGUUCCACAGUUUUGAAAGUUAUUCUUUAUGGUUGGUAAAAUGUUAGAAGUCAAUUAUUGUAAUGCUAGAAUGAUUUGUUGAAUAUUAUUUGCUGAACUAAAUUAAAUCUCAUCUAAGGCUCAUGUUUCCAUGGGUUCCCUA